AUGAAUACAAACCCAGAGCUGAGGAGUCAAAUCUCUUCCAGCAGCGAACUGUCAGAGGCAGAAUGCACUCAGAGCAAACUGCACUGCUAUCACACUCUGCAGACCGCAAGGCAGUACGAGGAUUGGCUGCAGGCGGCCGAACUGCUUGAUGGGCUUGAAGGGAGCCAUGCAUGGAAGGCAGAUGCUAAGUCGUCGUACUACGACCACACCCUGAUCCGAGAGAGACUGAGACAGCUGCAGCUCCUAGAAGCGAACGAGGACUUCGAAAGCAUCGUGUCGUGGCUCCGCUCGGGCCUGCAGAGGAACUUUGUGGGGAUAGGAAACCAGUCGUUGUACGAGUACUCGCAUUUGGGAACGAAGCUUCUCAUCGAGAAGCAUCAGCGAGAACUGAUCCGGAUGAUGUACUCGGUAGCUAACGCGAGGGACGACCUCAUCUCCGUAGAGGCUCGCCUUGCCUUCUUCACCGAGUCCCGGCAUGCGCUCGGGAAGACUUCGCUGCUCCUCUCGGGUGGGCUGCGGUACGGCAUGUACCACUUCGGAGUGGUGAAGGCCCUCUACGAACAUGGCCUGCUGCCCCGCAUCAUCUCAGGCUCGAGCUUCGGAGCUGUUGUGACGGCGCUCGUAGGGAUAAGCAACAUCGACGAGCUCGAGACCAUGUUCCUUGACCUCGGUGAGUCGGCGAUGAGUCAGAGCCCGGAUUUUCCUCCUGGGUCCCUGUACGGGAAGAUGCGGCUGCUGGUGCAGGAGGAGUCGAGAUGGGACAGCGAUGGUCUGGAGAGGUUCCUGAUCCACCUGCUGGGGGAUGUCACCUUCCACGAGGCGUACGAGAGGACGGGGAGGAUUGUCAACGUCGUCGUGCCCCCCGAGAGCAACUUCGAGAAGUCCCGCCUCCUUAACUACCUUACAUCCCCUAACGUGCUCCUCUGGAGCGCAGUAGCUGCCUCCUGUUUCCCCUUGAGCCGACCUGGGAAGUGCCUGGUUGUCAAGGACCCAGACGGGAGCUGUGCGAGGUCAUGGGGGAACUCCGAUCCCACUCGGAGCAACUCCCGGGGGGAUAGAGAGCAAGCGCAUGCUCUGAGCCUGAACUCGGACCUUUCGAUCAAUCGGCUGCAGGAGCUUUUCAACGUGAACUUCUUCAUCGUUUCCCAGACGAACUUCCAUGCCAUCCCCUUCAUCCAGCGAUCGCAGAAGCAGGUCAAGAUAGACUGCAAGGGAGCAAAGAAAGGCUUGAUCUCCAGGAUCUCUUCGACAGUCGGGUACCUCGUGCAAUCCGAAGUCCUUCACCGAUGCGAACAAGCGAUCUCUCUGGGAAUCGCCCCGAAGCUCCUGAAGCAGACCAUUGAGCAGAAAUACGUUGGCGACGUCACCAUCGCCCCUCCAGUCAGCCUGGAGACCUUCAAGGGAUACUGGUGGACGCCGACCGACUCUGCGAUGGCAGAGAGCAUGCUGCAAGGGGAGAGGCAAACCUGGACCAACUUGUCGCAGAUCCGCGAUCAGUGUGAGGUUGAGCUGGUGCUUGACAACUGCGUGAGGCAUCUUGCGUUGCUAGUGCACAACAACGCCAAGUUGACAGGAAGCGCGUGGGAGACGCGAGCCAACAGCGAGGGAGGCAAGAGAAAGCCCAAGACAACUUGGAAGGACUCGGAUCCCCUGCUAAAAUCCUGCGAUGCCAAGAUGAACCUAGCUCUCUACGCGUAG